AUGCGCAGCUUCAACGAGAAUCUUGUGAAAGAGUUUGAGGAUGCAAAGAAAGACCUCGAGGUCGAUGUUGUCGAGCUUUACCGAGAGGUUGCAAUUGCCAAUACCGCGAUAGUCGCUAUGGUCAACGGCCGGGUCAGGAUUCUUGAAGAUGAACUGCACCGGCAGCGACGUAACUACGAAGUACGUGACAUGCUGGCUGGCCAACGAAUGGAGAGGAUGAUGCAAGAGACAUGGACAAGCGUAGAGCAACUCCAGAGCAUGAUAACUUCCGCAACCUUUUCCAAGCCAGCAGAGAUUGCGCAAAAUCUCGUCGUGAAUCCUCCAGCUUGUGGUUCGAUAUAUAAUCCCCGAAAUAACCUCGACGCUUUCAUCAUCGAUAAGGAGCAACCGGGCUUCUCAGGCAAAGCAAACCUCUGGGUUUCCGAAAAAGAUAUCAUACACAAACUUCGUCUGUGGAUGACAGAUAACACGAAAUCGCGGACAUUGUGGAUAUCAAGCCCGUAUAAGCCAGGUGUAGCCGUCCCGAGCUGUCGAGCAGCAGUCAUGGCGACGAUAGCUGCAGCAUGGCAAGCGGAAACUCCGAUCAUCUCGUACUCCUGCAGCCGACCAUCCAGGAAUCAGUUGCGUCCCGGUAUGAACGUCGAGCAAGUUGGAAUGAUCAGCCUGGUAUACGGCUUCAUCCGUCAGCUUUCACAAUUUAGCAGAGUCGACGAGGAGUUCGAGAAUCACGAUGACGACUUCGCUGCUCUCAACGGAGAAGUCUCGUCCUGGGAUGCCAGUCUAAGACUUCUGAAGAUGCUCUUAAGAAAGGCGCCCGUCGUUACGUUUUGCGUGAUCGAAAACCUGAAUGAUUUGGAAUGGAAUAACGGUGGAGUCUGGUGCAAGCAGCUGCUUGAUGUUUUGAGAGAGUGCCAGCAGGAGACAGGGGUUUCCUUCAAUAUUCUCUACUCGACAACUGGCCAAUCGCGAGUGCUGCCUGCAUACGUCAGCGUUAGGGAUCGGCACAUGACGUCAAGUCGAACAUGA